AUGGCUUUGACAGUUGCUGCUCCGCAGUCAGCCACUGCCGUUUCUGCAACUUGGACAUUCGAGCACAUUCUAUUGUUAUUACAGCAUGAAGAACAAGGUCCUCGAGAUGACAAGCUUCUUAAUGGCUGCCUCAUAUCGUUUUUAACUGCAAACAAAGACAUAUACACAGACGGUGGUUUGCCCUUUAAAGCUGCUAAAGUCGAACACAAGGAUCUUCCAAAAUCGUUUACUCUAAGAACAGUCAAGUAUGAGAACACACUUUCUGAGGAAAAUACUAAAUACGUCAACGAGAUAAGUGACAUCUUGCAGUUAGACCAAAUUGAAGUGUUGAGAAUUGUGCUAUGUGCAUCUCAGAAGAUACCGAAGCAAGGUUUGACCGAUAUUUGUACAGAUACCGCAAGACUAGGGUUGGCUAAUUCCGGCAAGACUGAAACUCUAUUAUACUACUUGAGCCAGGUAUUGCGGGAGCAAAGAAGCAUAAUUCGCACGUGUUUCUUGUUGUUGAAGAACGACAAUAUUGCCACGGCCUGCUCUGUUUCGGAAGAGGUUUCACAUGGAUUAAUGAAAAAUGGAUAUGCUUUGGUUGAGAAGCAGAUACAAAAUAUAGACGAUAUUGUAUCACAGUUAGAGAACAAACAGGCUGACGACCAGGUGGGCAAGCUCAUAUUGCACGAGUAUUUCCUCACUCUGUUGGACCUUCUCGGAUAUAUCACAUACCUUGUAACAACGUCCGAAACUGCCGUUGUAGCAUCUGUUGUGGUCAAGUGGUUUGAUAUUAUGCACAAAUCGUCAUAUCUAUCGCAUUUCAAGAGUCUGGAUAUAAUAAGUAACGAGCAGCAGAUGACGGUGGAGGCCCUAUGCACUGUAAUUUCACUUUCUUUGCUGGAUAUGGACAGAAACUUUGGCUCUCUUGAGGAUGACUGGUCAUACAUGAAUCAGCCGCAAUGCAUGCUUGACAUCAACAAGGCGUUAAGCGAGUCUGCCUCGAAUCCGAUCGUUCUGUAUGCAUGGAGUAUCAUCUUGCACAGAAAAUACACUGUUUUGGAUCUGGAAUCAAAUAAGGGUACGGAUGGCAAGGCUGCUUCCUUUAUUGACAAAUUUAUGCCACUUGCAACGAUUCGCAAUCUAUUUGUGUCCUUUGCCAAUAACGCAGCUCGAUUGGGUGUGACAGAUGCACUCCAAAACUGCCAUAAGCUUCUUCAGUACGAUCCUAUCUAUUCAGACAUCCUUGGCUCAUUUGUGAUUGCAUUUGCUCCGUAUGUUCGUAUGGCCGAUAAAACGAUUACGGAAAUAAGCAACAUUCUCUCUAGUGCCUCUGAUGAUACCGUCAAGAGAUUUUUCGAGAAUCCUGCUGCAGAGGAUAUGAUGACUUUGGCACGGGCUAAAUUGCCACUUUCUUUGAAGUCGUUUGUUUCAUUGGUCGGCAUUAACGCCAACUUGGCAACUGAGGAAAUGAAGACCUUCUCAUCGUAUAUGCAAAUCAUGCCAGAGAAACCGUUCGGUUAUAAAUACUCGAUCGAUGACGUCAACCCUGAUCUCAUUAAGCUUGUCGAAGAUGUUGAUGUUGCACCGCCUUUCGAGUCUGGAAAAGAGCUUUCACUUCUUCUAAAGCAGGGAACCAGGGCGCAGAUAUUUCCGACUGGCCAGUUGAAAGUCAUAAAGGGGGAGAAAGCCUCGCUUUUGGAUGCAAGCAGCAAUGAGGAUAAUGCCGUUUUAGUCGCUUUUCUAUACACAUAUUCAGGGUGGGCCGUGCUUGGGCGUAUUUUGCACAAUCUGGCAAUCCAUUUGGAAGAUGAUGAGGCCAGGAUAUCGUUUCUUCAACGUGUUUUCUGGCUGCUUACCAGGGUUUUCCGCCAGUCCGACUCACGUACGAUUGCGGAUAUUAUUUCCGCGUUGAAUUCCUUCAUUGGACAGCACGACUUUAUUGAUGUCACGUUCAGGAUUUUUGAGCAGGGGCUCAAUAUACGUUCCGUGCCACUUUUGUCUGCGUGUGUCGAUUUCCUGACUGCACUCUGUGUUAAAGGAUAUUCGUAUCGUGUGUGGUCCUAUUUGUACAGAUCCAAUAUUUUUGGCAUUAGGCCAGGUGGCUGCAAGAUUGCCAUGGUUACCGGAACCAGGGAAGUUGUGUCUGGAGAUUUUGCACUCACUCUCUCGUUGCUCAAGUUGGGUUCUGCAUUAGUUCGUGACUGCAUAAGAAUUGAGGAAAACGUUUCUCUCAAGCUUAAAUCGCAGGUGAUCGAGGCUUUAAUUGUAUACUUCGUCCAGCUGUUUGCCAAUUUCUCAUCAUGGAAGUACACUGACAUCCACCAAAGGCCUCAGAUUGGUUCGCAGUGUGUCCGUCUAUUUGACGCAAUCUUGACCUCUCUCUACGGAGUCGAUGAGUACUCCAAGCCGGAAAAUAAGGUCAACUCGUUCUUUUACGCUUCUUCAAAACGGAUACUCGAUGCUUUCCUUCUGCCCGCAUCUCAGGAGUCUCGCUGUGUCAAGCCAAUUGUCUCGUUAAUCGAAAGUAUAUCGUCGACUUUCACCGAUUGCGUGUCAAGUGAUAUGUAUGGUUUCUGGAAUUAUCGGUGGCUGCAUGAUGCUUUCAGCUUUGCAUCAACCUUGAUCAAGGUCCGUUCCACGACACUUCCAGACACCGUUUCCUCAUUGGAGAUGGAGUUGUUCUCGCGUCUUCCAAAUUUGGUCACGCUGUACUUGACCAAUUUGGAUAAAAGGCAGCUUGUCUCGCAGCUUUUAAUCAGUAUGGCCUCUGCCAAGUGGCACACCGAGCCUCCAUCAUUUCUUACCCAUUUGAGCCAUGUCCAUACCGAAAUCCUACUCAGGUGCCUCUGUGUGGAUACGGGAAAUCGCGCAGAGCUCUACACGCUCAGAGUUACACUUUACGAUCUCUUUUCAGCCGUUAUCAAGGGUGGGCAGGAAGGCCUUUCAAUAGUAUUGAUUACGGGUAGAGAUAUCAAGGACAGUAUGCGUGAUGAUACCGAGAAGUUAUCCGCAUCGAAGAGAAUGUCACUUCUUGAGGUCAUCAAGAAGGACGUUGGGUCAAUCCGAAUAUUCCCACCACAUGUUGCUCUGCAUAUGACAGACGCGAUCUCUUUAGCCUUCAGCUCUUGGACAUCUGCCGAGCAGCAAGCUGACGAUACCGAGUUUGUCAAGCAGCUACUUUCAAAGUUGGACGAUUUCCCUUCAGGAGGUGUCAAAGAGGAUGCUCCAAAGUCGGCCUACGUUGAUUACUGUUAUGAGGUCAGGCUGAUAUCCAAGGUGGCCGAAAUAUUAUCGUUGUACCUUUUCGUUUCGUACGACAGGGCUGACAGACAGAUAAUUUUGAAGAAACUCAACGAUCCGUCGUUUAUAAAAUCGUUGAGCUCGAAAUUUGCCGUUCUCGGGUACGAUAGCUCGCUUCAAAGAGCUGUCGAAUCUGAUUUCCACAGACUUUGGCCCUCCUACAAGCUUUCCCAGUUUGCUAUAGCCAGCGGAUACAAGGAGCAUCAUUAUGGUUCUCGGUCGGUCUUUUCAUUCAAUCUUCUCGAAUUGCUUUUGGGUGAAAGUGACAACUGGUCGCAGAUCAGUGAGCAAAUCGAAUCCGCAAGCAUCAACUUGCAGUAUGCGAUGGCACAAGUGUCGGUAGUCAAGGCAUACGGUGCACUAAUCACGUGUCUCUGCAAAGUCGGAAAGUCGGAGAUGGAUUCCGGCUAUCUCAAGCUUGGUGCUGAGUUGAUGAAGCAGUGUGAUGGAAGUGAGAUCACGGAUAUCUUUGGAACAGUUUUCCAGACCAGGGUGGAGCUUACCUUUUACAUUUGUAUGUGCUUCUCUCAAAAUCCAGAUUUCAAGCCUGACAAGCAAUUCCUAUUCGAAAUCAUCUCCUUCUGCUCGAAGCUCUUGGUUUCUAGAGAGGUGGAUCUUUCUGGAAGUCUACUCAGCAUGGAAGUCAAUUGCUACAAGCCCUUGUUGAGGAUUCUGUUGAUUGCUUUAAGUAUGGUCAAGGCACAGCUGAGCGACAUGACCAUCCAGUACUCGGCCACAUUUAUCGAUGUUUUCAGUGUAAUUAUCUGCAGGUCGAUCAACGUGCUUUUCCAGAAUAUCAAGGCCAAGGCAUUGAGCAAGCCCAACACAGAAAUAGGGCAUUCUCCGUUGGUUUUGAAACAGACCGGAGACAUUACGUUGAUUCUUUCGCUUUUGAAGGUGUUCAUGGAGUUGGAUCUGCACGAAAGUGUGGAGAAGGCAGUUGCGAAGUUUGUCGUCACUACCGGCUGUUUCCGGACUUUGUGCUCUGUAUACGGCGUUUCGCACAUGAUCAAGUUCCACGAUAAUGAGGUUUUCGCAGACUAUUCCUUGAUGUUUCUGUUCGAGUUUGUCAGCCACAAGAAACUUAUUGCUAGGGAACUUAUUAGAAACGGACUCUUUGAUGUGCUGAUAGACUCACCAAUAUCUAAUAGAAUACAGGCUGGAAACGCAAAGGCUUAUCCGAUUGCCAAUUCCGGGUUGCAGCAUCUUUGGAGUGAUGGACUUCUCCCGAUAGCUUUGGUGGCACUUAGUUUCUUUGGCGACUCAAUUUUGCCCCAGAUUUGCUUGUUUGCUACAGCGUUCAAUAAGCAGAUAGCCAGCACUAUUCAGGAGUGGUUCAACGCUGACUCGUUCAUCUGUACAAAAUUGAUACAGGAGACGUCGCAGAUUGUUUUGCUAGCUAAGGCGUUGAGUUCUCUCGAUGCCUACAAUUAUAUUCGCAACUCUGUAAGCGAACAAUUCGACCAAACCGCCGUUGUAUUGGUUCCAGGGUUGGAUACUGAAACGGAGAGGAAAAAGCUUGUGAUAGCUCUGAAGUACCUAAUAUCGCAUCCCAAGUAUUUGAGCUUAAGGAUUGUUCCUUCGAAUGAAGAUGAGCAGAGAAUUCUUCAAAGCGACGACAGCUCGAAAUUAGUGGAAGGGGUUUUGGCCAAGUUGAAGGAGUUGAAAUCUGUGCUAGAGUAA